AUGGAGAGCCCCGCGGCCACCUUCACUUUGGCCUACGUGGCGGCGGGGUGCUUCGUCUUCCCCCCGAACGAGUUCCACGCGGCCGUGAAGGUGCAGAACCUGUGGGCGGCUGUGCUGGGCAGCGAGGACGCCCGCCUUCGUCCAGUACCACCUCGCCGGGGAACAGGCACCCUCUGUCAUUUUCCGGCCCUUUCAGGCUAUUAUAUCGGCAUGUGUUUUGCAGCACCUGAGAAACAACUGUGCAGUUUUUACCAGAUUCCUGAAGGUUGGAAAGUUUUUCUUCCUCUUAGCUUUCUUGCCCCAACAGUUGCUGGUGUUUUAGCAUAUUACUGGUCACAAAAUGGUGGGAGUAACCAUCCCCUAGUCAAGACUAUUUCCCUUUAUGCCCUCCCACAGUCAGAUUGGAGGGCAGUGGCUUCUUCUAUCAACACAGAAUUCAGGAGGAUUGACAAGUUUGCUACCAGAGCCCCAGGAGCAGAAGUAAUUGUAACAGACACUUGGAUCUGAAAUGACUACAAUUGUUUACACAUUGCCCAACAGCGGGACAUCUAUCUAACAGUGGUGGACUCCAGACAGCAUGAUCUCUUGCCAGAUUCAAAUAUGCCUGCACAGUUCCUCACGAUCCGUGUUGCCAGUGUUAAUCCUAAUGUGAAACACUUUUGAUAUCCGGUAAAUAGAUCAAUUUGGCUGAAUUCAGCAGAAUAUGGGGAGCUGCGAGAGAAGCUUCAUGCUCCCAUUCGUAAUGCUGCUAAUGUAGUAAUUCGUCAGAGCCUCAGUGACUUGUUUCUGGAAACCUUUACAUCUCUGGUAGAGAUGAACCAAACAUACUCUGUUCCAAGCAAUCAGGAGCUAGACCCAUGCAUUGGAUGUAUGCAGACUAACGCAAAUGUCAAGAUUUUGAAAAAUUGUCAAGAACCUAAUGAAGGAGAGUGCCAACAGUGCUACUGUCGUCCUAUGUGGUGCCUUACUUGCAUGGGUAAAUGGUUUGCCAGUCGGCAGGACCAGCAGCAUCCAGAGACGUGGCUUUCAAGUCAUGUGCCUUGUCCAACCUGCCGAGCCAAAUUCUGCAUUUUAGAUGUCUGUGUCAUACGAUAAAUGAAUUUUGAGGCAUUCUUAAAUCUGAAUUCUAAAUUUUAAAUCUGAAUGCACCUCAAAGGUGGAAGUAUGUACCUACUUAUUUAUUACUUUUUAUUUUUUCUUCAUAUGUGUCUUUUUUCCCCCUUUCUGUUUCUUUUUGUUGUGUUUAAACUCAUUUCUAAGUAUGGUAGUAGGAGAGUUGGUUCCACCAGCCUUGAAACAUUUGUACUUCUUCAGUUCUUGGGUAUUACAGGAAAUAGUGAAAUCAUAUUAGUCCUCUACUAGAGAAAUAUGUUAGUGGUGAAUGAUACAUACAGGUUUUUAAAUGUUAAUGUCCUAAAAUGGAUUCUCUAUUAUUUGGUAAAUCAAUCAUUGUGGGAUUUCUACCCUUCUUGGUCUUAACUGAGAAAUCUCCCUGUAUUAAACAAACAAACAAACAAACAAAAAAUCACAAUUCAGAUCCAUUACUGUGUAGGGAAUUCAAUUAUCUGAUAUGUCUAUACAUAGUUUUCUUGUAUUCAGCCUUUUUACAUUGUUUUCUUAUGCUUAAGUAUGUUUUUAAACGUACUGGGUUGUAGCCAGACUAAUUUAGUUGAGCCAUGUUCCAGUAGAAAUCAGUGGGACAUAAAUCAUGGUUAACUUGUCCUGUUGAUUUAAGUAGGCAACACAUAACUGGAAUAGCUGAUCCAAACAAGAGUUGACCCAUUAAGUCAACUGCAGAACAGCUGAACUCAACAUAUCUCUAAAUUCCAUUGAUUCAGUGGGUCUCCUUUGGUUGGGACUUGCAAAUUAUUUAGGCCAAAUUUAAGUUAUUCCACUCAGAAUAAGUGCCAUAGAAUGCAGUGGAAAUUACAGGUAAGUGUUUAUAUUACUGCAGACUUAUUCUGGUUCCAAGUCAAUAACCUUAAGGUCUGUUCUUAACAGUAUUAUAAUGGCGGAAAAUAUUAUUAGCCAUUGUAGUGUUUUUAUGCUCAUUAUUCAAGGUGCAAAUUGACCUUGAAUGCCUCUCAAGCUGAGACAUAAUUCCAAGACAUUAUUCACUGGCAUUUAUCUUUUCCAGGCAAAUGAUGUCCCAGAACUUUAAUUCGCCAUUCAAAGUAUUUUGUUAGAUUACUGUUUUUCCAGCAUUAUUUAAGGCUGUAUCUACACUGAAGAAAUAAUCUAGUUUGACACCAGUUUACCUGCCAAGGUUCAAUGCUAUGGGAUUCUGGGAUUUGUAGUUUUGCGAGACAUUUCACCUUCUCUAUCAGAGAGCUCUGAUGCUACGACAAACUACAGUUGCCAGGAUUCCAUAGCACUGAGCCUUGCCAGUCAAAGUACCGUAGUGUCAAAUUCAAUUAUUUCUGCAGUGUGGAUGCAGCCUAAGACACCAUUAAACAUGUCUUCUAACCUACUGUAUGUAUAAGUCUAGAAAUUUUAGUCAAAAAAUGGACCCUAAAGCCUAGGUUGACAUAUCCACAGGAUAGUGUAAGUACCAUACUCUUAACACUUAGCAAAAAAGGAACCAUCCCCUUUUUUGUGUAGAGUGGUGAAAAGGCAAGAGCUUCCUCUGUCCCAGCAGUAGCUAAAUGAAGCACCAACCCCCUCUCUUCUCCUCUGUGGUGCCAGUUCUGGCCUUUUGAAUGCCUAGGUGGCGGUGGUGGUGGCUCUUUGGCACUUGCCCUCAAACGAGUGCCAAGAAGAAUGGGGCUUUAAAAGAUUUGAACAAGACAUUGUGUCAGCUUUUCUGGAUUAAAACCAGGCAAAGUUAUUGCAUUAAAGUUAAAGAUUAUAAUCACAGUUAAUGUAGGCCCAAAACACACCAGAAAUAUUCCAGUUUGACACAACUUUAACUGCCCUGGCUCAGUGAUAAGGAAUUCUAGGAACUGUAGUUUUGUGAGACAUUUAACCACCCCAGUAAGACUUCUGGUGCCACAAUAAACUACAAUUCCCAGGAUUCGCUAGCACCGAGCCAAGACAGUUAUAAUGGUCUCAAACUGUAUUAUUUCUGCAGUGUGUUUUGACCCUAGUCACCAUUUUCUUUGCUUUGUCUUUUCAUCCUUUUUGAUAUGGGUGUUUUCUUAAUUUUUUUAACUGGGUUUUUAAAACAUUGGUGUAUUAAGCUCACUCUUGUCUGUAUCCAGUUACUGUAUACAAAAUCUUAUUGCUGGUAUUUCCUAUAUUGCUUGUAUAUCUACACUCUACUAAUGUGAAUAAAAUUACACAUUUAUAAGUCCAGAAA